AUGUUCUGCUAUCGCGGUGCGGGCGAGCAUUUGUGCGCACCCGGCGACGACGUACCCGCUAUCGUCUUCCCUCGUUAUCUAACGGGCGCGCGCGUAACACGAAAACGGAACGCAAACGGAAGUGAUGCAACGAACGAGCGUUUCGGCGCGCAUCUGUGUAAACAUGGCGGCGCUUUUCUGAAUGGCGGCGGCCGGCGGGCGGCGUUUCCCGCGCUCCGGCGGCCGACGACCCCGCCGCGGUCAGCGCCCGGGGAUAGCCGAGUGAAAGUAAUUCGCGAUCGGCGACCGCUCAUGCCGCCCUGGUACCUCGACGCGCGGGCGCGCCGCUCU